GCAGCCGCUGUGACCGCCGCCUCCCGCCUCCCGCCUCUCCUGUUACCGUGGCAACCCCCAGGAGCCUUCCAGGCAGCAGCAGCAGCAGCAGCAGCUUUGGAGCAGGGGCAGCGGCGGCGGCGGCGGCGGCGGCGGCAGCAGCGGCAGCUCGGGGUCCAGCCCGCGCCCCGCACAGCCCUCCUGGAGCCAGCCCGAGAGCUGCGCUCGCCCGCCCGCCCUCCCUAGCUCCCCGGCUCCCUCCAGCCCGCGCCCGCCCGCCCGCCGGCCCGGGACCCUCAUGGAGCUGCUGGCUGCCGCCUUCAGCGCUGCCUGCGCCGUGGACCAUGAGGGCUCUUCCUCGGAGAGCGACCCCCGGGACUCGGCGGGGGGGCACCUGGCCAGCAGCGACUCGCCGUCCACCCCCGGCACCGUGGCCACGCCGGAGGAGUACCCCGCGCUGGCCGCCGACAGCCCGACCACCCUCACCGAGGCCCUGAAGAUGAUCCACCCCAUCCCCGCCGAUUCCUGGAAGAUUUUCAUCGAACAGAUAGGACUCUUGUAUCAGGAAUACCGUGACAAGUCCACGCUUCAUGAGAUUGAGACCAGGAGGCUGCAGGACGCCGAAGUCCAGGUGGACACGGAUAAGUCGCCCGACAGCGAGGAGACCCCGCCAGAGGAGGAGCCCGCCAGCUCCCCCGAGAAGAAGCCGCUGCCCCAGAUCUGCCUCCUCAACAAUGCCAACUCCAGGUUCAACCUCUGGCAGGACCUCCCAGAGAUCAGGAGCAGCGGCGUCCUGGACAUCCUGCAGCCCGACGAGAUCCGGCUCCAGGAGGCCAUGUUCGAGCUGGUCACUUCCGAGGCCUCGUACUACAAGAGCUUGAGCCUGCUGGUGUCUCACUUCAUGGACAACGAGCGCCUGAAGAAGAUCCUGCAUCCCUCCGAGUCCCACAUCCUCUUCUCCAACGUCCUGGACGUCAUGGCUGUCAGCGAGCGGUUCCUCCUGGAGCUGGAGCAACGCAUGGAAGAGAACAUCGUCAUCUCCGACGUGUGCGACAUCGUCUACCAGCACGCGGCCAAUCACUUUUCUGUCUACAUCACCUACGUCUCCAACCAGACCUAUCAGGAGAGAGCGUACAAGCAGCUUCUACAGGAGAAGGCCGCUUUCCGGGAAGUGAUCUCCCAGCUGGAGCUGGACCCCAAGUGCAAGGGGCUGCCCUUCUCCUCCUUCCUGAUUCUGCCCUUCCAGAGGAUCACUCGCCUGAAGUUGCUGGUGCAGAAUAUUCUGAAGAGGGUGGAAGAGAGCUCGGAACGGGAAUGCACGGCCCUGGACGCCCACAAGGAGCUGGAGAUGGUGGUAAAAGCAUGCAACGAAGGUGUCAGGAAGAUGAGCCGGACAGAGCAGAUGAUUAGUAUUCAGAAGAAAAUGGAAUUUAAGAUCAAGUCUGUGCCCAUCAUCUCUCACUCCCGCUGGCUUCUGAAGCAAGGGGAACUACAGCAGAUGUCUGGCCCCAAAACAUCCCGGACUCUUCGGACCAAAAAACUCUUCCAAGAAAUCUACCUUUUCCUCUUCAAUGACCUGCUUGUGAUCUGCAGGCAAAUUCCUGGGGACAAGUACCAAGUGUUUGACUCGGCUCCCCGGGGCCUCCUGCGGGUGGAGGAGCUGGAGGACCAAGGGCAGACUCUGGCCAACGUCUUCAUCCUGAGGCUGCUGGAGAACGCCGACGACCGGGAAGCCACGUACAUGCUGAAGGCCUCGUCCCAGAGCGAGAUGAAGCGCUGGAUGACCUCCCUGGCCCCGAAUCGCAGAACAAAGUUUGUUUCCUUCACAUCCAGACUGCUUGCAGACUGCCCCCAGGUGCAGUGCGUCCACCCCUACGUGGCUCAGCAGCCAGACGAGCUGUCCCUGGAGCUGGCCGACAUUCUGAACAUCCUCGAGAAGACCGAAGAUGGCUGGAUUUUUGGGGAGCGCCUUCAUGACCAGGAAAGAGGCUGGUUCCCGAGCUCCAUGGUGGAGGAGAUCAUGAACCCCAAGAUCCGAUCCCAGAACCUCAAGGAGUGUUUCCGGGUACACAAGAUGGAUGACACCCAACGCAGCCAAAACAAAGACCGGCGGAAGCUGGGCAGCCGCAAUCGGCAAUGACCUCUCUCCCACCCGCGCCGGACCCCUGACCCAGGGACGCCAGGGCCAGUGAGCAGGACCGAGGGGGCCUGGAGGGAGGGGGAGGUGCAGACUCAGGGUGGGGACUAGAGAGGUCCAAGAGCUGGGGAGGGGAGCGGGGGAGGGUCUGAGCUUUCCAGCGUGGCCCGUGUCCACCCCGACCAAAGGGACGCUGCCGCCUCUGCCCUUCCCCUCCCCCCUUGUUAGAGCUCCUGGUCCCUGGGGUGGCAGAGCGGUGGGGGAGGGGAAGAGCGGAGAGAUUCCCUCCUUCCCAGCUCCUGUGAGCCUGGUGGGUUCCUCCCGCUGCUUCACCGCCUUCCUCCCCGCCCCUACCCCUUAAUAAGUGUGAGAAACCUUCCACUGCAUGGGCAUGAGGGCACCCGGAUACCCCAAACACCCCCACUCCCAUACCGCGUCCUGGGGCUCCCCAGAGGUGGCGGCCCCCGCCCCGAGGCUGGGAGCGCCCCCGGUUCUGGGCCUGGAGGGUUUCUGCCCUCGGCAGUUUGGUACCAGAGGGGAAGCCGGAGGCCCCGAGGGCGGUCCCGGUGAAGAGCAGGGGGAGCCUGGAGGCCUCUGGGGGGUCCCGGAGCAGGUCCCGGGGCUCCGAGUCACCUUGGAAGCUUGGGAAACCUCCCUGGGCCAUUAUCUGGGCAGAAAGCUGCUUCCUCACCCCACCCCCCACCCCCCACCCCCCGCCCCAGCAUGCCAUUGCCCCUUCUGCAGAGGGCGGUCCGCGUGUCCUGCCCCCACCCCACCCCGGGACUGCAGGCCCCUUACAGAACAGUCAGCCGAGGGCUUCUCCGGGCCCCCACGGGGGCUGCUGCCGGCAUCCAGGAGCAGGGUCCCAGCCCGCUCCUCUGCAGCUCCCGCACUUCCGGCCACCUCGGACAUGCAGCGGAUGGAGCCCCAGAACUGGAGCCAGGGCGCCCCUCCCCUGUCCCCAGUGCAAAGGGCGGCCUCUGAGCCUCGGCCGGGGCUCCCCCGUCUAAGGAGCCGGGACGCAGGAUCGCAUGACCACCCUCGCAUGUUCUGACCUUGGGGGGGAGGGAGAGACAGCCCCGGCCUGGGCUGCACAUCCAGCUGCCAGGGCCCGGGCUCCGGCUGCCACAAGCCAGGCCCGCCCUCCCUCCCCUCCGGCGGUUCCUGCCUCUCUUUGCCCCCAUGUAUAUUUUAAAUGCCUUUUUGUUUCAUAAAAUAUAUUACAUAUGGUGAAACGCGUGUGAAGUCGGGAAACUGGGGACCCUUGGGCCCUUUUGGAGGCUGAUGGGGGUGGGUGGGCGGAGCGCGGAAUAGUGGGGGAUUGCGUGAGAUCAUGGCCCCCGACCUGGGUUUGGUCAGACGGGUAAGGGGGAGGGUCUUUCCAAUAAAGGAAUCUCAUGAGGACAGAUUCUGAGGGAGAAAGGGGAGGACCUUGUAGAGGGAAGGGUCUCCCUGUUGGCUGCGCCCUCCAAAGGGGUCCUCCACCUCUACUGGAAGAUUUCCAAGGUGGGGGGAGGGGGGGAGGACGGGGACUUCCACCAGCCCAGGGCACCCAGAGCACUUCCCAGCCUGCUCCUGGUCCAUCAGGAAAGGCUUCUCCCCUUUGAUACUGGGCUCAGGGGGCUCCAGCUUCUCCCCGGGCUUCCCGGUUCUGCCCUCUGAGCCAGUAUGGCCAAAGCUCAUCUUUCCGCGUUAGGGCGCCCUUCAAACACUGAGACACGUCCCCUGCGCUCAAGGCAAGACCCACAAAUCGAGCAAAGAAUCAGCAUUUAUUAAGCACUUUCUGUUUGGCUCAUGCUAAGCACUAAAGACUGAAACAAGAACCCAAACCAAUCCCUGCCCACAAAGAGCUUACAUUCUAAUGCGCUCCAUUGGCACCUUCUGGAUGCAGGCUGAGACUGUGGUCCACCCCCCACCCCACCUCCCAGAUCUUUGUCAGACAAACUCUUCCCUAGCCCCAUCUCAGCCAUUUUUUUUAAACUCAAGGGUAGGAAUUUCUAUGUCUCCAUAUUAAAAAUUGUAUUACCAGGUUCAGCGUCCGAUUCUGGCCCAUCAGCCUUCUUGGGUCUCUGGUCAACAAUAACAGUAAUGCGGCUGAUAAUGACAGAGCGCCCUCCGUCUGGCCCAGCCCUUUCUCACCCCUGCCUGUCUCCCAGCCCUGGGACGGUGUUGGGCUCUCGGGAUUCGGGGAACACCGGCUCAGUCCCCGUUGUCACCCACGGGGUCCUGUCGGCUGCAACGGACACGUGCACGCUUUGAUCCGGUUCGGCCGGAGCCAGGGAAAGAUGGAGGGCGGCUAGAUGGCGCAGGGCCGGCCUUGAAGGCCAGGCCAAGGGUUACACUUUUUGCCGAAAGCGUUAUGGCCACAAGACAAUGUCACCAUAUUGGGGGCGGAUUGCUGGUUUUUGACUUAGAAGUAGGUCCAUAAAGCGGGCUGGGGUCGUCCCAGGCGGGUGAGGGUGGUCCGUGGGUACAGGUAAGAAAAGGGGCGGGGAGGCAGGACAGCUUGCUUCCCUCCACACUGUCCCAGGAAGAACUUGCCGCCAUUUGUGACACAAGCUCCAUUAGGGGCUUCUUCAAGAAAUGAAAAAAUGGGAAAAGAGCCUUGAAGGAUGAACCCCCAGAGAAUGGACAUUGUCGCUGCUGUUUUAAUACGGGUUUUACAAAGUCCUAUCCCAGUCUGCUGAUUCGAUGAAACAAUUCGAAAGACAUUGACUAAAGUCCUACUCCGUGCAGUGGCUGCCCUGCUGGCGGGGGGUACAAAGACAGCCCGCAGUCAGUCCCUGCCCACCACGGGCUUCCAUUCUAGCAGUGGGGAGGCCCUGGCCAGCUUUAACAUGGAUUCAUUCGCAUGGAGCAAUACACUGAAAGGCUUGAGGACAGAACACCUUAGGGAAACGUUAGGAAGACUUUAAGGCUUUCCCCUUGGGGGGGGGGGGUCAGGGAAGGUUUUGGAAGGAGGAGGCCCCAGGACUGGGGACACCAGAAAGGGGAGGGAGGGCUCGGUAAAUUUGGGGAGCAGUUCCUGGUCCAUUGGGACUGGGAUAGAGAAUGUAUGAAAAGUGACAGGUGAAAGCCGCUUGGGGAAGGGAGCCCGGAGCCGGCUUGUGGAGGACCGCAGCUUGAUCUGAAGGGGACCUGGGCGGGGGUUGCUAGCUUGGGCAGGAAUUGGGACUGGGGACAUUUUGGACGUCAUUGGACGGCCCCCAAAGUCCGGGGCUUCCCACACUCUCCCUCUGUAGCUUCAGGGGGACCAACUCACUCUGGGUCAACCCUUUGGAACUGGA